GUUAGUUAGCCUACUGGGGACUUUCUUGAUUCUAUCAGUCGCGGUCGCGGUUUCAUUCGCUGCGCUUUUGCUUGCUAUAGUGCGAAUCAACUGAUUGUGAGUCGAGAUACUUACGCUUUUUUCGCAAGAGAAAUUACUUUGUAAAUGCAUAUCAGUUUAUUUUCAGACGAUUGAUUAACUCCACGUAAUUCAGCAUAUACACCGCGUUCAUUUGUAUAGAAUAAGCUACUAGACGGGGGCCUACGCAAUGAUGUCACUUCAACGAUGAAUUUUAUGGUCUAUUUGGAUUUUGCCUACGUCUUUACCAUGUAUGUACGCGUUUGUACACAACGAUAUUAUUAUAACAGUUACAGAUAAUGAAAUCAUUUAUUGUCUACUUAUUUGUUGCUGCAAUUUUUGCAUCUUUGGCUGUGCUGAUAUGCGAAUGUUGCAGUUGCAUGCCGAUCCAUCCUCAAGAACAUUAUUGUCGAUCAGAUUUUGUGAUUCUGGCAAGAGUGAGACGCGAACUGGGAUACAAUCGGAACAGUGGCGAUCGCGUGUACAAAACGCGAAUCCGUAAAGAAUUUAAAAUGUCCGAUAAAGCAAGAGAGGCGUUAAAAUCGGGUCGAAUCCUAACCUCGUGGGACGAGGCGACCUGCGGCGUGAAAUUCGACGUUGGCAAAACUUACCUUAUCACCGGUCGCGUCGUACAUUUACAUGCACGCGUUUCCUUGUGUGGAAUGAUAAAUAUACCGUGGAACAAGUUUACCAAAAGACAACGAAAAGGUUUACGGAUGAUGUAUGGCAGGGGAUGCCAGUGCAAAAUCCAGCAGUGCCGUAACUACUAUCACGACGGGAUUAAAAAGAAAAGUUGCUAUCCGUCCAAGAACAGCUGCCCGUGGUUUAAUUGGAGCCCGGACCUGUCUGAUUGCUACAGUCGUUACGGCUUUUGCCUCAGUAGUGUGAGAAACAGGCAAUGUCGUUGGGUGAGAAACAAUGAUUUACUGGAGUGUAACAGGAAUUUAUAUAACACCACCAAGUUUGUCUAAUAAAUUUCCAUCUCAAAAGCAAAACAGUGCCAAAUAUUUCACGGAAACAAGACAAGCUGGUCUUAAAAUACACAAAUUUAAUUAGUUCGCAUUUCGACUCUAAUUUCUAUUAACAGCAAUCAACUAUAAUUAUUUAACUAUUACUUGUACACUUUUCAUAUGUAAUAAGACAUAUGUAUCUGCGGUUGUGUACCAAUUUGUAGUUUGUGUAAUAAUCAAUAAUCAACUUAACGCAUUUAUUUAUUAAUAAGUAAUAGUAAACAGCUGUGUUGUACCUAUUAGAUUUAAUAUAUGUUUAAUUUUAUUAUUGUUCAGAUAAUUAUGUAUGUGAUACGUUGUUCUCUGGAUUUCUGAUACAUCUGGGAAGGUAAUUCGCACAAAUGUUCAAGCUAAAGUGCACCAUCCAAUUCUUUGUGAAAUUCUAAGACAUGCUGCAUCAGUAAUAAAACUCAUAAACCAAUCAGCGAGCUUAAUCUCUGUUGCAAGUUAAAGCUUAUGAUUAGCGCCGAUUGACCCAAUUAUUCUUGCAGCAAAGUAGAUGGACCCUGUUUAGGGUUGCCAUUUCUAAAAUAUGGAAACCAGGACAAGACGCGUGAAAACCCCGGAUUUUAGAGUCCAGAACCCGGACAUGUCAACAGGUUUUUUUAAACA